GCAGAGGCGGCGGCGGCGGCGGAGAGAGGCCCCGGGCCCGGGCCCCCGGCGGCGGCGGCGGCGGCGGCGGCUGUGAGCGCGCCGCGCCCCCUCCCCCUCCCACCCCCAUCCCGGCCCGCCCGCCCCCACCGCGGCCCCUUCAUGGACAGGAACUACCCGAGCGCCGGCUUCGGGGACCCGCUCGGCGCCGGGGCGGGAUGGAGCUACGAGAGGUCAGCCAAAGCUAGCUUGGUAUAUGGCGGCUCCAGGACUUCCCACCCGGAGACGGACAUCCUACAUCGACAGGCUUAUGCGGCCCCCCACCCUCUUCAGGGUUAUGCCACCAACCAUCACCCCGCAGGGCUCUCCGGCUUGUUUGACACGGGCCUUCACCACGCCGGCUCCGCGGGCCCGGACGCCUCCGUCAUGAACCUGAUCUCGGCCCUGGAGUCCCGGGCGCCCCAGCCGGGCCCGUCCGCCUCUUCCCUCCUGUCACAGUUCCGGAGCCCGUCCUGGCAGACAGCCAUGCACACCCCCGGCCCCACGGAGCUGUUCAUCUCGGGCGCCCUGCCCGGCUCGGGGACCUUCCCGUCGUCCUCGGCCCUGUCCGCCUACCAGCACCCGGCGUCGUUUGGGGGCCGCCCCUUCCCGGUGCCGUCGUCCCUCAGCCUCCAGGACCCUCCCUUCAGCCCCCCGGCCAACGGGCUGCUGUCGCCGCACGACGUGCUGCACCUGAAGCCCUCGCAGGCACCGGCGGUGCCCUCCUCGCUGGGCUUCGAGAGGCUGGCGGGGGGCGGCGUGCUGGGGCCGGCCAGCCUGGGCCCGGCACAGACGCCCCCCUACCGGCCGGGCCCCCCGGAGCCGCCGCCCCCGCGCCACCUGCCCACGCAGUUCAACCUGCUGGCGUCGUCGUCCUCGGAGCAGUCGUCCCCGCAGCUGUACAAUUUCUCGGGGGCCGCCCCUCCGGGGCCCCCUCCCGAGCGGGCCCUGCCGAGGCAGGACAGCGUCAUCAAGCACUACCAGCGGCCGGCCAGCGCCCAGCCGCCCCCGCCGCCGGCGGCCCACUCCCUGCAGCACUACCUGAGUUGCGGGGGCAGCUACCCGCCCCCCACCAUGGGCCACAGGGCCGGCCUGGCCUGCAGCCCCCUGGGCGGGGAGCCCUCCCCUGGGGCCGGGGAGGCGGCCAAGGCCGGGCAGGGGGCCGGCGCGGGGGCCGCGGGGGCUGGGGGUCGGGCGGCCGGCCCGGAGGCUGGGCCGGGGACUGGGGGACAGGGGGCCGGGGCGGCGGGGGGCGGCUACCGGCCCAUCAUCCAGUCGCCUGGGUACAAGGCGGCCAAGGGGGGCUACGGGGCGGGGGCCGCGGCGGGGCGGCCCCCCCCUUCCCGUUCCACGGCCACACCCAAGUGCCAGAGCCUGGGGGGUGGGGGCUACGCCACAGGGACCGGGAAGCCCAGCGGGGGAGGCAGUGGGGGCGGCCAAGCCUAUUCCCCAGGCCAGCCUCAGGGUCUCCUUGGGCCCCAGGCCUAUAGCCAGGGUUUCGGAGCCAGCCAGGCCCAAGACCUGAGUAAGGGGCCCAGCUACACGGCGGGGCCUCCCCAGGCCCAGCCGGGCGGCCCCCCCCCGCAGCCUCCCCCCAGCCUGACCACCUGCCAAAGCUACUCGCCCGACCAGCUCCAGAGCCUCCCUUACGGGGUGCAGGGCGAGGGCUACCCCGGGCCGGCCCCCCACUCCCAGGGCCUGCCCACGGCCAGCCCCUCGCUCAGCUACAGCACCGGCCACUCCCCGGCGCUCUCGGGCCACGGCGGGGCCUGGGGCCACACGUCAGCUUCCCUGGGGGCGGGGGGCGGGGGGGAGGCCAGCCCCUCGCACAUCAUCCGGCCCCUGCAGUCUCCACCAGCCGCGGGGGGCCGCCCCCCCGGAGUGGCCAGCCCUGGCGCCCCUGGGAAGUACCUGAGCUCUGUGCUGGCGUCCCCCACCUUCCUGGGCCCCCCCGGGGGUGGCGGCGGCUACCCUGGGGCGGGGGGAACCGGGGGCUACAAGGGCAAAGGAGACGGAGGGGAGCUGCUGGGGGGGCCGGGCAGCGGGGGGACGGGCCAGCGGACGGACGACGAGGAGUUCCUCAUUCAGCACUUGCUGCAGGCCCCCAGCCCGCCCCGGGGCUCGGGCCCCGACGGGCUGGAGUGCGAGGAGCAGAGGGCUGGCGAGGGACCGGGUGGCGCAGGUGGCCCCAAGGCCGCCGCCUAUGACUUAGCCAAGGAAGAGCAGCAGCGCUACCACCUGCAGAGCGUGAUCCGCACCAGCGCCAGCCUGGACGAUGGCGCCACCCUCGAGCUGGGGCUGGGGCGGCUCAAGGACAAGAAGAAGGCGGCCGGCGGCGAGCGGGGCGCGGGCACCCCCGAGGCCCUGGCCACCUCAGUGGUCCACUACGGGGCCGGGGCCAAGGACCUGGGGGCCUACCUGCAGAAGACGCCCCCCCCCACGGCUUCCGCCCCGCCGCCUCCCCCCCACCACAGCCUGCUCCUGGAGGGGGCCCCUGAGCUCCCCCUGGUGUUGCCCCCACCUCCGCCCCCACCCCCGCCCCAGCUUCUGCCUUCCGUGCUGAGCCAUGCACCCAGCCCCCCGGCCCCGCCGCCAGCGCCCCCGCCCCGCAAGGUGGGCGUACACCUCCUCGAGCCGGCCCCCCGGGAUCCUGGACCUCUCCAGCUAGAGGCCCACCUGCGGGGCCCGCCGGGCCUCGAGGCCUCCCCCAGCCCCCGGCUGCGGGCCGACGAGGGACUCGAGGCCCCGGGGGCCAUGCAGGACCUGCUGGGUGCCCUGGAGCCCCUGCCCCCGCCCCCCACCGAGGCGGGCGGCCCCCAGCCGGGAGAGGCCAAGGACCCGGCCGGAGCCUACCGCAGCCCCAGCCCACAGGGGCCCAAGGCACCCCGCUUUGUGCCCUUGACGUCCAUCUGCUUCCCCGACUCGCUGCUCCAGGAUGAGGAACGGAGCUUCUUCCCCACCAUGGAGGAGAUGUUCGGCGGGGGUACCGGCGAUGACUACGCCAAGGCUGGGCCCCCGGAGGACGAGGCCGACCCUAAAGGAGGGGGCGGUGGAGCCGCCCCCCCGGGGCCACCCGCCUAUGACCCCUAUGGUCCCUACUGCCCUGGGGGGCCGAGUGGGGGUCCCGAGCCACCCGGGCUGGGCCUGGACCCCGGCAAGACCCCGGUUGAGCUGCCAUCCACGGUGAACACAGAGCCGCUGGGCCUGAUCCAGGCCGGCCAGCACCAGCAGCCCCCGCCACCGCCACCGCCUCCCCCACCGCCCCCUGAGACCAAGGGUGGCCUCACAUCCCCCAUCUUCUGCUCCUCCAAGCCCAAGAAGCUGCUGAAGACGUCAUCCUUCCACCUGCUGAGGCGCCGGGACCCCCCCUUCCAGACCCCCAAGAAGCUCUACGCCCAGGAGUACGAGUUCGAGGCUGACGAGGACAAGGCCGACGUCCCUGCCGACAUCCGUCUCAACUCCCGCCGCCUCCCUGACCUGCUGCCGGACCUCGUGUCCAGCUGCCGCUCUCGGCCGGCCCUCUCGCCCCUGGGUGACAUCGACUUCUGCCCGCCGGCCCCUGGCCCGACUGGGCCCCGGCGCCGGGGAAGGAAGCCCACCAAGGCCAAGCGGGAUGGCCCACCCCGGCCCCGGGGACGGCCCCGUAUCCGACCCCUGGCUGAACCUCCUCCAGGGCCCCAGUUGGGACCCUCCACCCCUGGCGCCCAAGCUGAUGGAUCCAGGAAGCCCCGGGGCCGGGGCCGGGGCCGGGGCCGAAAGACUGAGGAGCCCAGCGCUGAGGGCCUGGAGCCUCUUAAGCCACUCAAGAUCAAACUGGCUGUGCCCAAAGUGGGUGAGGGUGGCGGCCCCGUGGCAGGGGAGCCGGCGUCUUCCGGCCCCGUGGAUGGCGGCCUGGACUCCAGCCAGACCCGGGAGAAAAUUCAGGCGAAGAUCAAGGAGGUGGAGGAGAAGCAGCCAGAGAUGAAGUCCGGCUUCAUGGCCUCUUUCCUGGACUUUCUCAAGUCGGGCAAGCGUCAGCAGCUGCCCUCGGGCUCGGGGCCUCCCCCCAGCCCUUCUAAGGCAGGGCCCGCCCGGACUCUUGGGCCUCCCCCGGCCUCUGUGGCGCCCCCUCCGCCUCCUCCACCCCCCGCCCCCCCCUUCGGGCUCGGGGGGGCCCUGGAGGCCGCAGAAAGCGACGGCUUGGGCCUCGGGUGCCCCUCUCCCUGCAAACGAUUGGAUGAAGAAUUGAAGCGAAACCUGGAGACGCUGCCCUCCUUCUCCUCUGAUGAGGAGGACUCAGUGGCCAAGAACCGGGACCUCCAGGAGAGCAUCUCCUCUGCCAUCUCUGCCCUGGAUGAUCCGCCGGCCCCCAAGGACGCUGCCCCUGCUGCAGCCUCCAGCCCUGAGGCCCCUGUCAUGGAAGAGAAGCCACCUCCAUCCCCGGCUCCAUCUUCUCCCCCCUCCCCCCCUUCCCCUCCUCCCUUGGUGCCCCCUGACCCUGCCUCUUCCUCCCCACCCCCUCCGCUGCCGCCGCCUCCUCCUCCACCCCCUCCUGCUCUCCCUCCCGUGCCGAUGGCACUGCUCCCUCCGCCGGAUGCCCCGGCCCCGGCCCCUUCCCCCGAGGAGCCAGAGCCCCCCGAUGCCCGGCCCCUGCACUUGGCCAAGAAGCAGGAGACGGCCGCGGUGUGUGGGGAGACUGACGACGAGGCGGGGGAGAGCGGGGGCGAGGGCAUCUUCCGCGAGAGAGACGAGUUCGUCAUCCGGGCCGAGGACAUCCCGGCUCUCAAGUUGGCCCUGCAGACAGGCCGAGAGCCACCCCCUAUCUGGAGGGUUCAGAAGGCCCUUCUCCAGAAGUUCACCCCCGAGAUCAAGGACGGACAGAGGCAGUUCUGCGCCACCAGCAAUUACUUGGGCUAUUUUGGGGAUGCCAAGAACCGCUACCAGCGCCUAUACGUGAAGUUUCUGGAGAACGUGAACAAGAAGGAUUACGUGAGAGUCUGUGCUCGAAAGCCUUGGCAUCGGCCCCCAGUGCCUGUCAGGCGUCCAGGACAGCCAAAGGGUACUCCAGCAUCAUCUGGGACAGCAGCCCCAGGAAGUGGGGUGUCACUUCCCAAGCCUCCAGGUCCCCCUUCAAAGUCAGAGCCCCCCGAGAAGACCCCUGAAAAGGCCCCCGAGAAGACCCCUGAGAAAGCUCCUGAAAAGGCCCCUGAGAAGACCCCUGAGAAGACCCCCGAGAAGUCCCCAGAGCCAGUCCCAGAGAAGCCACCCACUCCAGCCCGCCCUCCUGAUAAGGAGCGGAGCCUUCGGUCAGAGCGGGUCACUCGAGGGGAACGUGGGGCCCGCCCUGGCCCACCUGCAGCGGAAGCCCCUCCGGCCAGGCCCCCACGACCCCCAAAAGCCCGCCCAGCCAAGGUGAAGGCCGAGCCUCCCCCAAAGAAGAGGAAGAAGUGGCUGAAGGAGGCGAGUGAACGUUCGGCAGCGACUAGAGGCAGCUCCUCGGAAUCGGAGUCCUCCCCCGGGCCCCCCAGUGAGGAUGAGCGGGCGGCCCCAGGGCGGCUGCUAAAGACUCGGGCCAUGAGGGAGAUGUAUCGGAGUUAUGUGGAGAUGCUGGUGAGCACGGCCCUGGACCCUGACAUGAUCCAGGCCUUGGAGGACACGCAUGAUGAGCUGUAUCUGCCCCCGAUGAGGAAGAUCGAUGGAAUCCUCAAUGAGCACAAGAAAAAAGUCCUCAAGCGCCUUUCCCUGAGCCCAGCCCUGCAGGAUGCCCUGCACACCUUCCCCCAACUGCAGGUGGAACGUGGCAGCAGUGGCACUGGGGGAGCAGAGGGAACCCCUGGCUCGGGCUCUGGCGCCGUGCGGCUUCGGCCCGCGGGGGAUCCAUAUAACCGAAAGACCCUGAGCAAGCUGAAGAGGACUGUGGCCCGGGCCCAGGAGUUCAAGGUGGAGCUGGACAAGUCGAGCUUCUACACGCUCUAUCAUGCUCUCCACCACUACAAGUACCACACGUUUCUCCGCUGCAGGGACCAGACGCUGGCCAUCGAGGGAGGCGCGGACGACCUGGGGCAGGAGGAGGUGGUGCAGCAGUGUAUGAGAAAUCAGCCCUGGCUGGAGCAGCUGUUUGACUCCUUUAGUGACCUCCUGGCCCAGGCCCAGGCCCAGGCCCAAGGCCGCUGCGUGUGACCCUGGGCUCCCGGCAGCCAGGCCCGGCCCGAUGCCGCCCCAUCCCCGGCCUGGGGCCUGUGACUGUCCCCGCCUCGCCCUGCUGGGUUGUGCCCUCCCUUUCACUGUACAGAGAAAUUAUUUAUAUAUAUCUGUAUAAAUGUCUAUUUAGUGCCCUCCCUCCUCUGCCCUCCCCCAUGUACAUACUGUAUAGGAGAAGUCUAUGUCUGGGUGGCGGCCCGGGGAGCGCGGGGCCCCUCCUGCCGCCCUGCCAGCCAAGACCUUUUCUGGGAGGGCCGCCAUCCCCACGGGGGCUGGGGCGGGGCGGGGGGGGGGAUCUCCGUCUUGUUAAUUAUUUUUAAUCUUAUUUAUUGUACAUACCUUUGGGGAGGGCGGGGGGGGGGGGCUCGCCUCCUCCGGGGCGCUUUGCUUUGCCCGGCCGCCGCCGCCGCCUCCAUUGGGUUUCUGAGUGUUGUCUGAAUGUGGUUCUUUUUUAUCAGUCUGUCCCCCCAGCCCUCCUCUCCCUGGUGUCUCCUCUGUCUCUCUCGGGCUUCUAUACGAUUCACCUUGUAUACACUGUGUACACAGAACCAGCCAAACAGCAACCACGUUAUUUGCA